GAAACAUUAUCCAACUUCUUUCCUUUUCGCUCUCAGUAAUUUAGAAAGAUGGCCGCCCGCAAAGAAUCUGCCGCGGCAUCUUCUGCACCCGCCACGCCGUCUCAGAACACACUGGACUCACCAGUCAAGCAGAUCCAGAUAGAAGGGCUGGUGGUGCUGAAGAUCAUUAAGCACUACCAGGAGGAGGGCCAGGGCAGCGAGGUGGUGCAGGGCGUUCUUUUGGGCCUGGUAGUGGAGGACCGGCUGGAGAUUACCAACUGCUUCCCCUUCCCCCAGCACACUGAAGACGAUGCCGACUUUGACGAAGUUCAGUACCAGAUGGAGAUGAUGCGCAGCCUGCGUCACGUCAACAUUGACCACCUGCAUGUGGGCUGGUACCAGUCCACUUACUACGGCUCCUUCGUCAGCCGGGCCCUGCUGGACUCCCAGUUCAGCUACCAGCACGCCAUCGAGGAGUCAGUGGUGCUCAUCUACGACCCAAUCAAGACUGCACAGGGCUCACUGUGCCUGAAGGCAUACAGACUGACGCCUAAGCUGAUGGAGAUCUGCAAGGAGAAGGACUUCUCGCCCGAGGGGCUGAAGAAAGCGAACAUCGGGUUCGAGCACAUGUUUGAGGAGGUGCCGAUCGUCAUUAAGAACUCCCACCUGAUCAACGUGCUGAUGUGGGAGCUGGAGGAGAAGUCCACGGUGGCAGACAAACACGAGCUGCUCAACCUGUCCAGCAGUAACCACCUGGAGAAGAGUUUGCAGAUGCUGAUGGACCGGGUGGAUGACAUGAGCCAGGAUAUCGUCAAGUACAACACCUACAGCCGCAACCUGAGCAAACAGCAACAGCAGAAGCACCAGUACCUGCAGAGGCGUCAGCAGGAGAACACUCAGAGGCAGUCACGCGGAGAGCUCCCGCUGCCCGAGGAGGACCUCAGCAAAAUGUUCAAGCCUCCCCAGGCCCCAGCCCGCAUGGACACGCUCCUCAUCGCAGGUCAAAUCAACACCUACUGCCAGAACGUGAAAGAGUUCACUUCGCAGAACCUGGGCAAGCUUUUCAUGGCCGAAGCUCUCCAAGGGCACAACAGCUAGAGGGGUGACGGAGGAGAGGAGCGGGCUGGCUGUCUGAUCACAUGACUAAGCUGCCCAAAGUACUCGCGUGCUACCAAGGGAAAAGUGCGCAGGCCAUUUUUUAAAUGUAAUCCCAUGUAUUUGGUCCAUUCUGAAAUUGGGUGUUAAUACAAAAAAAAAGUAGAAAUAAAAUGCAUAUUUCACCUUC